AUGCGCAAAAGUGAGUCAGGCUCUCGCCACCCUCCGCCAGAGGCAGCAGCCGCUGAACUGAGCCGCCCGAGCACAGCCUCCGAAAGGCGCUCCCGGCGUUUUCCGAUUGGCUCCGGCUUCUCGCUCGAUCGUCCACUGCCGCCUUCUCGGAACGCUCCUGACGUCACGCAGAACUGCCCGAAGGACAACCCGAGCGGUUCCGAGCUGCCGCCGAGCUCUUCCGAAGCCCUCCUCACAGGAACGCCGCCAUUUUCCGAAAGCUUCGCGAAAGGCCCUCGAGAGGCUGCCGUUCAAAACUGA